AUGUUAGAUAAUAGAAUACUGGCAACCAGAAAGAGAUUGGCUUUCGAGGAUGAGCCUAGAACCGUAAAGAAAAUGUGCGGGCUAAUUACACCGCCUGCAUCUCCAGAGAAGGCAGUCAAUAUUAGAUCAGUGCCAUUGUCGGUCUCACCCAAAAGAUUGAAUUUUGGUCCACUUUCCAUUUACUCCAGGACAAAGGCGCUGCUACAAAGAUGCGCGAAUGUCGAGAUCGGGGAUGAGGCAUAUCUGCCAACAAGAAUGGAACAAUACACGGAGAUAAUGGGAUUUUUGAAACGAGUCAUCGAUUCAGACUCUGGCGAUUCUGUGUACAUCACGGGCCCUCCUGGCACUGGAAAGACAGCACAGGUCGAUUUGAUCAUCCGCGAGAAAUUUCAGAUGCUCGCUCUGGGUGGCCCGCAACUCAAACAUGAAGCGGGUUUGUCGAACACUUUUUUCUUUGAAACGUCAACUUCGGAGUUCAAAUCAGUCGCCAUCGCAUCCAUAAACUGCAUUGCCAUCAACAACCCCGAAAGCAUCUUUGCCAAGAUCUACGAGUCCUUCGCAAGUGAUGCCAGCGAGCAAGUACGGAGCGCCGAGGACUUGCAAAAGUUCAUCCUAUCUCAUCCAAACACGACAUUUAUCGUUAUUCUUGACGAGAUGGAUAAGCUUGUAACCUCUACAUUACAAGACGCCAACGCUACAAAACAUAUUUUUGAUCUCUUUCUAUUGGCCAAAUUACCAAAGGUUAAAUUUGGCCUCAUUAGCAUUGCAAAUAGUCUCGACAUGAAAGACAGGUUUCUUUCGCGUUUGAACUUGAAGCGAGAACUACUUCCCAAGACUAUCACUUUCCCUCCAUACACGGCGGAGCAAAUGUAUGACAUUGUCAUGCAGAAAUUGACAGCUGCGGGAAAUGAACUUGUCAUACAGCCCGCUGCGAUUAGAUUCGCGGCCAAAAAGUGUUCAGGUAACACAGGAGAUUUAAGGAAACUAUUUGACGUUCUAAGAUCUAGCAUUGAAGUGGUGGAAUUAGCGGCCAUAAAAAAUCGCCACUCCUCUGACGGUCAUGUCACCAAGGUUACGUUGGCACACGUAGCCAAAGUUUUCUCAUCAUUCAUGAAUAAUUCUUCCACUAAAUCUCGGCUCUCAAAACUUAACAUGCAACAACGGCUAGUUCUAGGUUCGCUAGUUCACCGUGAAAAGUUUGACAUUUUCCAAACGCAGUGCUCCAUGGAUGAUGCUUACGACUACUAUACUAAACUUCUGGACCAGAAAAACGCCAUUUCUCCCCUCAAACGCAAUGAAUUCCUUGAAAUUUGUAACGCUCUGGAAACUUGUGGUGUUGUCCAUUUGGCACAAGGAAAAUCGUUCGGCAAGACCCGGCAUUUGGUGAAGUUCAUAAAGUCCAACGUUGACAAAAGAGAAUUUGACGAUGAAGUUGGCAAACUAGCAUUAUUAAAAGAAAUCCUGGGGUAA